AUGCUGCGUCAACUGCGCGUCAACUGCGCAGGUUCCUUUGGAACCAAAAGCCCGCGCACGGAGACAUUCAGCGCAAGGGUUUCUCCUCCUUCGACGCAGAGCAGGAGCAUGAUAGUUUGUGCAGCGGUCAUCGGACAGGCGAACAACCCCCUCUACAUUAGGUGCUUCCUUGAUGAGAGCAGCGAAUCGGCAUUGAAGUUCCACUACAUUGUGCACUGCUCUCUGGACGCAAUCGAAGAGAAAGUGCUGGCACCAAAGAGAAACCCCGCAGAGCUUCAAGAGGCAUAUUUGGGACUGCUCUAUCCGACCGAGGACUGCAAGGUGUUUGGGUACGUCACAAGCACCCAUAUUAAGUUUGUUUUGGUGGUGGAUGAUGCGCCUUUCAAAGAAGAUGACAUUCAGCUGAUCUUCAGGAGGUUUCACCAUGCCUAUGUGAAUGCAGUGUCGAACCCCUUCUACACGUUUGGCAUGGUAGGCAGUGUGGGCAAUCUGUUGACUCGUUUCAUCACAGGUGAUGCAUACCACGUGCGGCAUUGUAGGGGGAUGCCCAAUAUAAGACAGUGA